AGAAGAGAGACAACAAUGGCACUCGAGAACUUGCUUGCCCUUGUUGUUCUUCUUAGCGUUGUUGGAGCUUCAGUUGCGAAGCCAUAUGGGAACCCGCUUGGGAACCCACGUUUGAAGGGUGAUCUUGACCUAGACUACUACCGCUUCAGGUGUCCACAAAUGGAAUCCAUUGUCCACCGUGUCACAUUUCAGUACGUCUCUCGCAGGCCAACUCUUGCUGCUGCGCUUCUGAGAAUGCAUUUUCACGACUGCUUUGUCAGAGGAUGUGAUGGUUCCGUUCUUCUGAAAUCACCAAACAAUGAUGCGGAAAGAGACGCUCCCCCCAACUUGUCAGUAAGAGGUUACGAAGUGGUCGAUGCUGUCAAGUCAGCACUCGAGAGGAAGUGUCCUGGUGUUGUUUCUUGCGCUGAUGUUCUUGCCUUGGUCGCUAGAGACGCUGUUGCAGUGAUAAGAGGACCAUGGUGGCCUGUUCCACUGGGGCGUAGAGACGGACGCAUCUCGAGACUUUCCGAGGCUAACUUACCAUCUCCUUUUGCCGACGUAAAGACACUGAAGAAGAACUUCCUUGUCAAGGGUCUUAACAGUAAAGACCUAGUUGUCCUCUCAGGGGCUCACACCAUUGGUGUAUCAUCUUGCGGUCUCAUCAGCAGCCGUAUCCAUAACUUUACGGGUAGAGGCGACUUUGACCCAGCGAUGGACCCUAGCUACGUUAGGGCAUUGAAGAAAAGGUGCAAGCCAACUGAUGUAAGGACCCCAGUGGAUAUGGACCCAGGUAGUGCCAGGAAGUUUGACUCUCACUACUUCAACAUUGUGGCUCAGAAGAAGGGUUUGUUCAUAUCUGAUUCAGCACUUCUCAAUGACUUUGUCACCAAGCGCUACAUUCAGACGCAGGUUGUGACUCGUGGGGCUUCCUUCGAAAGAGAUUUCUCUGACUCAAUGGUUAAACUUGGUUUCAUCCAAAUUCUUACCGGGAGGAAGGGAGAGAUUAGGAGGAGAUGCGCUUUCGUUAACUAACUUUGGACUUGAUGAUUGAAGUUCUAAAACGUUUUUUUUUUGCUUAUUAUGGUCUUUUAAUUCCUUCAUCAAUCUUUUUUUUCCAUGGAAGUU